AAUCUUAAAACACAUUUCUUCUGAGAUAACAAGGUUAAUUUUGCGGAUUAAAAAAAUAAACUAGGUUAAUUUAAAAUCAUAUAUGAUACUGUCGGUAAUUGACAAAAAUUGAAAACCACAAGGUCACCAGUCAAGACUCCCAGGCCGGCAGUUGGCGCCUGCCUAUCAGGGGAGGGGGAAGGGGAAAAUCUACGUUUAUUUUGAAAUUCAAACCCGUGAAAAUCUACGUUUAUUUUCUUCUCCCGUUCGCGAAUUGCCGGCUUCCCAAGAUGAUGAAGGCCUCGUUGAAGAGCAGGUAUGACACGGACAAGAGCACCGCCGGGGCCGCCGCUACCGUCGCCUUCAACGCCGGCAACGUCAAGCUCCGGGCAUCCAUGACCGACGCCACCUUCGUCAACGGCCCCAGCUUGAACGGCUUAGCUCUAGCCGUUGAGAAACCCGGGUUCUUCAUCAUCGAUUACGACGUCCCCAAGAAGGAUUUCAGGUUUCAGUUUAUGAACUCGAUUAAGGUUGCAGAGAAACCGUUGAACUUGACUUACAUCCACAGUAGGAACGAUAACCGGACGAUACUGGACGGGAAUCUGGCCUUCGAUCCAGCAAACAAGGUGUCGGUGAAUCACAUGAUCGGGUCGGGAAAUUGCAAGUUGAAGUACACUUAUGUGAACCAAGGGGUGACCACGUACGAGCCGAGCUAUGAUUUUAAGAAGAACUCGUGGGAUUUCGCAGUGUCAAGGAGGGUUUAUGGUGAUGAUGUGUUUAGGGCUUCGUAUCAGACGUCGAGCAAGGCGAUGGGGCUCGAGUGGUCGAGGAAUUCGAAGAUGAACGGGCGAUUCAAGAUUGCUGCGUCCCUCAAUUUAGGAGAGGAGCUAAAACUGCCGAAGUUAACUGCCGAGACAACUUGGGACUUCGAAAUGUGAUUUUGUUGUUUUCAUUUGCCUGUUGUGUCGAUUUGGACAACCAUUCUUGUUGGCUGGGUGUAAUUGGGCUCUGAAACCCCGGUGAAAAAACGUUAAAAGCUUUAUUGUUAUUUUGUGCUGAAUCCUAUAUGCUACAAUCAGCUACAUAAGCAUUUUUCGUCCAA